CCCCAUCCCCCUUUGCGCCACUCUGACAGCCUCCACAUCCGCAGCGGCUGAAGCGAAAGAAAGGAUUCGUGUAAAGUCGCGUAAAAAAUCGGGCACAGCCUCCGGUCGCGCGUGAGCUGGCACCGAAACGACGGCUGCGUCCACGGAGCGCGCUCAUGACGCGCGUACCCUUGUGAGUCCACAACCGCAGAAAAAGCGCGGUUCUAACAUGACACAGGAAGGGAGAAACUGGCAGCCAAAGCAAAAACAAAACGUCAAGCGAACACGCUCUACAGCUCGAUGCAUUCCCGCGGUGGAGGCUUUUGGUUUUAACUUUUGAAACACCCCCCCCCUCGCUGAAGCGCUCCCUCACUUUUUUCUCUACACGAUUCCGGAGGGAGGAGGAGGUGGUGUGUGUGUGUGUGUGUGUGUGCGGGGGUGGGGGGGGGGGGGAACUCUGCGAGGUUGUUUCCAGUUGCUCAUUGACUCAGGCAGCAUGGAUGAGGUGGUGGUGGUGGAGAGGAUGUCUCCCUGCGUCCGAUCCCGGAACCGCUUGACGCAAGUGAUGCUGAGCCAGAAGAAGAUUAAGACCAAGCGGAAAAAGCGAAAGGAGUUGGUGUUGAUCCAGAUCUGCCUUUUCAGCGGGCUGCUGCUGGUCGUCAAGGGGCUUUCCCUCCUCACGGAACAUUCAGGCUAUGACGUCUCCGGCCCCAGGUCCCGAGACCAGGAGCUGUGGGGAGGAGGAGGAGGAGGAGGAGGAGGAGGGCGGAGGUUGCUGCAGACGGACAUGAUGGACAACAGCAGUCUGGAGGAGGAGCAGGAGGCCAAGAACUGCACAGCUCCAGCUCUCCAUGAGUUCCCCACAGACCUGUUCACCCACACAGAGAGGACGGAGGGAGCUGUGGCCCUGCACGUGCUAUGUACCAUCUACAUGUUCUGUGCCUUGGCCCUGGUGUGUGAUGACUACUUCGUCCCGUCCCUGGAGAAGAUAUGUGAGCGUCUCCAGCUCAGCGAGGACGUUGCCGGGGCAACAUUCAUGGCCGCCGGCAGCUCGGCUCCUGAACUCUUCACCUCUGUGAUCGGGGUGUUCAUCACUAAGGGGGACGUAGGGGUGGGCACCAUCGUGGGAUCGGCCGUCUUCAACAUCCUCUGCAUCAUCGGAGUGUGUGGCCUCUUCGCCGGCCAGGCGGUGAGGCUGUCUCAUUGGACGCUGCUCCGGGACUCCAUGUACUACACCUUCUCUAUCGUGGCCCUCAUCGCGUUCAUCUACGAUGAGCAGGUCUGCUGGUGGGAGUCUCUCAUCCUGGUCCUCAUGUACAUGGUGUACAUUCUCAUUAUGAAGUUUAACGGCCGGGCGAGACGCUACUUUGACCGGAGGAAGAAGAGCUCAGCGAACCUGACCAACGGGCUGACGGGUAGCACGGACCUGGAGGACAACGUCAGCUGCGACCCCACCGCCGUCCUGCUCAAGAAAUCCACCUACCCCUGCACGCCAUCCGUGCUGAUGGUGGACGAGCUGCUGUCGGCCUACCCCCACCAGCUCACCUUCUCCGAGGCCGGCAUGAGGAUCAUGAUCACCGACCACUUCUCCCCGCGGACGCGCCUCACCAUGGCCUCACGCCUGCUCAUCAACGAGAGACAACGGCUGAUCAACACCUCGGAGACGCGCGUCAACCGCAUCACCAACGGCGACUCGGACUCGGCGGCCCGGGCGCCGGAGAGGCGUGGCUUGGAGAACGGGUUGGGCGGGGCCGAGCGGGGUCUGAACGGGCGGGGCCGCGCCCAGGGGGCGGAGCCUGCCAAGGAGGCGGAGAACGAGAACGAGGACAACGACAACAACGCCAACGACGAGGAGGGGGACGGCGAGGAAGGCCACGACGGGCCCCUGGUGCCCUUCAGGAUCCCAGCGGGGGCGUGCAACAAGCUCAAGUGGCUGGCCAUGUGGCCGCUGUGCCUGCUGCUGUUCCUCACCGUGCCCAACUGCAACAAGAAGCCCUGGGAGAAGUGGUUCAUGGUUGCCUUCUUCACGGCCACCGUGUGGAUCGCCGGCCUCUCCUACAUCAUGGUCUGGAUGGUGACGGUCAUCGGGUACACCCUGGGCAUCCCUGAUGUCAUCAUGGGCAUCACCUUCCUGGCCGCUGGCACCAGCGUGCCCGACUGCAUGGCCAGUCUCAUCGUCGCACGCCAAGGUCUGGGAGACAUGGCCAUCUCUAACUCCAUCGGCAGCAAUGUGUUUGACAUCCUGGUGGGCCUGGGGCUGCCGUGGAUGCUGCAGACGCUCUGCGUCGACUACGGCUCCGUGGUCCAUCUCAACAGUAGGGGACUCAUAUUUUCUGUUGUUCUUCUACUGGCCUCAGUGUUCCUCACAGUGGUGGGCGUCCACUUGAACAAGUGGACCCUGGACAAGCGUCUGGGCCUGACCUGCCUGCUCAUGUACUCCAUCUUCCUCUGCUUCUCCAUCCUCAUCGAGUUCAACGUCUUCACCUUCGUCAACCUGCCCAUGUGCUCGGACAUCCACUGACCUGCCUCCGCUCCCUCUUCGCCUCACAUCUGCGUCUUCUUCUUCUUCGGAGACGGAGGACGUCCCACCUGGCUGCUGGGGUCCCAUCCGGCCUCCUCCUUCACCCCCCCCCCCCCCCCCCCCCCCCCCCCCCCCCCCUACUCCCCCUGCACAACCCUGGAAGCUCCAGCCAUCUCCAGAUAUGUCUAUAGAGCUUUAUAUGAUUUGAACCUUGGUGCAAUACGUGACAGAUGAACACCAGAGUCAGAAGAAGAGGCUGUCUGAGGGUUUCUUGGGGUUGGAUUACUGGACUGAAUCAAAGAAGAGUAGCAGGAGGAAGAGGAAGAGGAGGAUGAGGAGGAGGAGGAGAAGAGGGAGGGAGCCCAGUCAUGGUCAAAAGGAAUCGAAAAGGAUGUCUUAGGGUUUAUUGGGUUGGAUUACUGGACUGAAUCAAAGAGGAGGAGCAGGAGGAAGAGGAGGAGGAGGAGGAGGAGGAGACGGAGGAGAGGGAGCCCAUUCGUGGUCAAAAGGGAUCGAAGAAGAUGUCCGAGCGGGCGAACUAGGCUACUCCUGGCUACCCGGUCACGAGCUGAGGGGUGGAAACGGUUGAGAGGAACCGACCUGCGUUCAGUUCAACGGCAGGCGUUGAACGACAGGGAGAAGCUGCUACUUUAACUCACUGACUAACCCAACCGAACGGGACAGAUCACGUGCUUAAAGCGAUUUUUAGCCUAAUAGGGUCGUUUGUUACUCUUUGUAUGUGUUUAAAAUAUGAGUGUGUAAAGUGCAUUCACGUAUUUCUAACUGGAUUUCUUUGUCCAUAUUUAAGAGUUAUACUGAUGCUCAUGUUUCCUGGAUUUAUGAAUUCUCUCUUGCACACCUACAUUUGGUAUCGAAAGUCACUAUAUUGUAUAUUUUUCCUUGACAAAGAGUCAGCAACUAGAAUUAUUGUUAGUGACCCCUUUCCAAAUGCCUCAGUCUCUCUACCUUGCUGAGUAUCUGCCCUAAGAGAUUCAUAUAGCAUGCUGUAUUCACCACUCCUGAUGCUUUGCACUGAGCAAACCCAAAUAUUUGACUAUACUGAUGAUAUUAAGUCUUGUCUUUGGAUGUUUUUGUUUGGUUUCCCUUACAGAUAUAGCUAAUUAAAUAUGUGGUAUAUUUUCCUACAGUUUAGUCCAAAAAUAGGAAAGGGAUCAUUCUGGAAUUGAAUUGAAAUCCAGCACUGUCACUUUAUUGAUUAAACAUGAUAUGAUAUUACUGUUGUGAGCCAGCUACAGGUUGUUUUAAUCGUGUAACUACUGAAUAAGAAGAUUUCCCUAGACUAUAGGACUUUGUGCUACAGGGUGAGUACGUCAGGUUUGCAUCAGAGCUGAGUACGAUACUCCUAGCAGGGCUUGUGCAUCACAAUACAUCUUGGAAUUUUUUGUCUGCAAUGCUCCCGCAUAUUGAGAGGACUCAAGAGAGAUGUAGCCCUGUAAAAUCCUAGAUCAACAUAAUUAAACCGUAACCUACGCUUACCUUGCAUGAGAUAUGCUGUGGCAGUUUCAAAGGUAACAAUAACUUCCCACAAAUACUUUCACGAUUUAUUGCUAAACGAUGACCGAAAAAACAUGAUUACCAACACAAUAACUAACAUUCCAUUGCUCCAAUGCCUCCAAAAUGGAGAUCUUCAUUGCGAUGUACAAGCCCUGUUCUUCUAAGACAAAAGUAGUUUGAGAACAAAUGAUAGUUGAUGACCGUGAAGAGAUUUGGACCUGAGCUUGAGACUUUGUAGAUGCGGGGGCUGUGUGUGUGUGUGUGUGUGUGUGUGUGUGUGUGCGUGUGCGCGCUGGUGUGUGUUGUAUUUUCUAGGGGCACCAAGGACUUCACUGUGACUGGGAAGACAUAAUCAUAAUUUAUUUAUGAAUUAAUUUAUUCAAGGAUAAUGUCGACCACCAGUUUCAGUACCCUUGGAUUGUGUACGAGAUAUCAACUGGAAUGCUUUCUGUUUGUUCCUUAAGGCGAUGUACAUUUACUGUACCUGAUAUAUAUAUAUAUACUAUAAGUACUGGAAUCUGACUUGAUGUUGUUUAUAUUUAAGAAUAGAUCUAUAUAAUUUAUAAGUUUUGUAUAGUUUCAGAAAAAACUAUGAGCAUUUGUAUAUUGUAAAUAAAUAACAAAUAAACAACCGUCAAUAAAAACAAUUGUUUUGAAGCAGAAGGCUUAUCGAAGUAUCCCAGCUAUCGUUUGGCUGGUUUGCCCAUGUUAUAUCAUUUGGCCGGACCGUCCUUGCUGAGCAGAAGCUUUGAUUUCCCACAUAGUUUGUCUCAACGUGGCAGGUUAAAAGGAGAGCGUGCACCACUGCUGCUAAUCCCUUGCAUGUUAGUUCAGUAAGGAAUUACACAUCGUAAGGACAAACCCGUUGUACUUCAGGACGAUAACAUAUUAACACAAUACGACGGGCUCGGAAACAACAUCGCUUUUUUAACAACGAUACAGCACUUGAACCUCUGCAAUGCCUCCCUGUAUUUGAGUCUACUACAGCCAGCUUAGCGGCCGGGUUCCUGCUUGUAUUUGAGCCAAAGCCUCCUCUUGUAAACGGCAUUAUUGCCUCUCCGUUUGAAGCAUGCUUUCAGAAAAACUGUGGAGAAAUUUGCAAGGUGUUUUUCAUUUUAUUUUUAUUGCUUACUCUAAGGUGAUUGAUAUUUAUGAUUGUGUUUUAUUGGGUCUCCUCUCAAUGCAAACCACUCUGAAUCAAUGUCAAUGUGAUUGUUGGAGAGACAAAAGAGGGCUCUGUGGUCGCUGUGUUUAUACGUUUCCAGUGAAGACAAUGAAUUGGUACAUUUUCCAUUCGUUUGGGUAUUUUGUAGAUAGGCUCUAUAUAGUUUUAAAAAGGUUGUGCGCAUGACUCUUUCAUAACUCAAAUUAUUUUGUGUGUAAUGUUAAGAUAUGACCAGGAUCAAAAUAUACAGUUUUUAUUAUGCUGUGCAUUUCAAAACGGGGAACAUUAUUAUAAAUACACGGGAUAGGCAAUCAUAUUUCAGAUAUCAGGAGUAUUAAGGUCUACGCAAGUAGUUCUCAGUCGACUAAUGUAAUUUUAUGCAUUAUGCAUAUGCAUUAUUUGUCUUUGUUAUUUGUUUGUAAAUCCUCGUUUUUGUGGGGGCCUCUGAAUAGAACUGUGUACCACAGAAGAUACGUUUAGCAUUGUUUCCCCAGGGUCUUCUUGCAAUAAAUUGAUUUACAUGCAGA